AUGUCAAGCCGUAAUUUUGGUGUCAUUUGUUGCAUGUCUUGUAAGGCAUUUUUUAGACGUAAAGCAUUCAGUGAUCAGAAGUUGAUAUGUCUUUCAAACGAUAAUUGUAUCGUAAAUGAAGAGACGAGAAAUAACUGCCAAAAAUGUAGACUUGAUAAAUGUUUUGCUGUUGGAAUGCAUAAGGAGAUUAUGCACAGAAAAGUGAGUAAAACCUUUUCAACGAGCAGUAGUUUGACUUCAGUUUCCGAUGAAAGUCAAGACGAUUUAUGGGAACUGAUCGAUGAUAUCAUUGAUAGUGACUGUAAUACCGAUAGCAGUGAUGAUGUCUUUGCACUACAAGUGAUGGAUAUCAACACAACAGACACAGCAUUAGUCCCGAUAUCUAAACCGCUCACCGAUUAUAACGGCUUAAAACAACUGGAGUUUCAACGGAUCUCUGAAUUGAUCACUGCGUCCACUGUUUUCACGAGACCUUUGGGUAAAAAUGUGUAUCAAAUAAAGGAUAGACAGGAAUGUCUUCGUAUGUUAUCGGCAAUAAUUCUAUUCAACCCAAACCUACCGAAUCUGAUCCAUAGGGAUAUAAUUAGACUCGAACAACAACUGUAUAUAUAUUUACUGCAAAGAUAUUUACUAUUGAAAUAUCGGUCGGAAUCGGAAUCACAAACAAAAUUACAAACAUUUAUGACUUCAUUGAAAGACUUAGAAAUAAUGAGUGAAAUCCGGAGAUCAGAACCGAUUGAAUCAUACGCCAAUAGUAAUAGCAUUCAAUCACAACACUUACCAUAA